AUGAAUAACUCGAAGCCAGAAAUUUUGCAUGCUGAAUACCAGGAAGAAGUUUGUGAGCAGGAUAAUAUUCAAGGGAAAAACAAAGUCGAAUCUGAUUUGUAUAACUUUGACACUUCUGUUCUCGCAGAUUUGGAUGAGAUACCAACAUAUCUCAAAGUAUCAGGAAAUAAGUUGCAACUUAUGGCAACCUUGAUGGGUUCUGUUGGAUUUUGUCUUUUUGGCUAUGAUCAGGGGGUUAUGGGUUCAUUGCUUACACUUCCAAGUUUCAGAGACACUUUCCCAUCAAUUGAUACAGUGACACACCCAGAUACUCACACUUCCACAAUCCAGGGAUUUGUAAUUGCAGUGUAUGAGAUUGGCUGUUUAUUUGGUGCCUUAGUCAACUUGAGGCUUAGUGAUAAGUAUGGAAGACUAAAAUCAAUUUUCCUUGGUUGUGCUCUUAUGGCCAUUGGUGCUGCCAUUCAGUGCUCUUCUUUUACUAUCGGACAAUUUGUUGUUGGAAGAGUCAUCACAGGUCUAGGAAAUGGUUUAAACACUUCAUCUAUCCCUGUUUAUGAAUCUGAGACGGUCCGGGCAGACGUCAGAGGUAAGUUAGUGAUGCUCUUUGGUGCUGUGAACACUGGUGGUGUUGCCUUGAGCUAUUGGUUAGACUUUGCUUUUUAUUUCAUUCAUUCAUCUGUUAGUUUCAGAUUCCCGAUUGCCUUCCAGAUUCUCUUUCCUGUUCUCAUAUUACCGAUGCUUCCUUUUUUACCAGAAUCCCCAAGAUGGCUUUCCAAACAUGGACGCUUUAGAGAAGCUGCCAAAGUGUUUGCCGCUUUUGAAGGCACUUCCAUAAACGAUCCUAUCGUGUUAGGAGAAAUUGACAGAGUUAGACAAUCCCUUAUUGAAGAGAAAGAAGCCGGAAAGGGUCUUAGCAUGCGCAAAGCUUUGUUCUCCCAAGGGAAGCAUAGAAAUUUCCAUAGAAUGAUGUUGGGUCUCUGCUCUCAAAUUUUACAGCAGCUUACGGGUAUCAACCUUGUGACUUACUAUGCCGGUACUAUUUUCGAGUCUUAUAUUGGUAUGAGUGCCUUGAACUCUCGUAUUAUGGCUGCCUGUAAUGGUACCGAAUACUUUUUCUUCUCCUUUGUGCCAUUCUUUACCAUUGAAAAAUAUGGUAGACGUGCUUUGAUGAUGAUUGGCUCAGUAUUUGAAUGUUUCUCCAUGACAAUGCUUACUGUAUUUACGGAACUUGCCAGGCAGGGACACAACAAAACUAGCAUGGGCAUCGGUGCUACAGUAAUGCUUUUUGUGUUCAACUCUGCAUUUGCAUUUGGAUGGCUUGCCAUGACUUGGCUUCUACCUGCAGAACUUACUCCAUUAUCGAUCAGAGCCCCCGCAAAUGCCAUUACCACUGCAGGUAACUGGUCUUUCAACUUCAUGGUUGUCAUGAUUACGCCUAUUGCGUUUAACAACAUCCACAGUUACACAUACACAAUUUUUGCUAUCUUCAACUUUUUGACUAUCCCAAUCAUUUACUUCAUGUAUCCUGAAACCAAAGGAAGAACUCUUGAGGAGAUGGAUGAGAUAUUCGGCCAGUGCCCAAUUAAAGAGCCCUGGAAGGUUGUUGGAAUUGCCAAGAGAACGCCAUACGAGGCUAGACGUUAUAUCAACAUCGAAACCAGUACAAUUGACAGUAGUUCAAAGAGCAAUUCAGAGGCUGAAAAAGACAUUGUUGUUUAG